UUUUUCUCCGCACGGUAAGGCGAAAAUAGAGGUGGGGGAAAGGGCUGAAAAGCAACUGCUGCCUGGGUUGUUUUUUCUUCAGUGGUAAACCAGCUGUGAUUCUUCCUUCUGGCCCAGCGAAAUGCUAGCACUCACCGGCCCCGUUUCCACGCUGUGAAAAUAGCCAGACGUUUCUUGUUAUCCCACUCUGCCUCCAUUCGCCACCAGUUGUAUUCCCAAUAAUGUGAUGCCUCUUCUAUCCAAAGGAAACUUUGUUUUCCCGUGGGACGGACUGCAGCAGGUUACAGGCCUGUUAGUAGUUUUAAAGAUCAGUCUAAAUCAGAAACAUCCCGGCUGCUAGAAUUGAAGGUAUCCCUGUCUAGGCCUGGACUGAGCAGAUUGUUCUGAGAGGAAACGGACAACAAACAGGGGAAGUGAACAUGGCUGGGACUUCAGGCUUCUUUUCCAAUGGACCUGUUCCGUGGAUGGACAACGACACAGAGAUGAACAACCUGUACAGAGACUUGGAGCUGGGGACAGUACUGACACUGUUUUAUUCUAAGAAGUCCCAGCGGCCAGAGAGACGGACAUUUCAAGUCAAGCUGGAGACCAGGACUAUUAUCUGGACUCGGGGCACGGAUAAAAUAGAGGGAGAGAUUGACAUUCGAGAGAUCAAGGAGAUCCGUACUGGACAGAAGUCACGGGACUUUGAGCGAUAUGUGGAGGACUCAGCAACGAGGCUGGAGCAGGCUCACUGCUUUGUCAUCCUGUAUGGCACAGAGUUUCGCCUUAAAUCACUCAGCCUGGCAGCUACGUCAGAUGAGGAGAUGACAAUGUGGGUGAAGGGGUUAAACUGGCUUGUGGCUGACACACUGAAGGCUCCGACACCGCUUCAGAUAGAGAGAUGGUUACGUAAGCAGUUCUACGCCGUUGAUCGCAACAGAGAAGACAGGAUAUCCUGUAAGGAUCUGAAGAGCAUGCUGAGCCAGGUCAACUACAGGGUGCCCAACAUGAGGUUCCUCCGAGAGAAACUUCCGGACUCAGAGUUGAGGAAUGGAGACGUGUCCUUCAGCCAGUUUGCCCAGCUCUAUCGCAGCCUCAUGUUUGAUGCUCAGAGAAGCAUGGAAAUCCCAUUUAUACAAAGGUUCAUUGACAGACCAGAACAGAAGAUCUCCCUUGACAACUUCAAGGGCUUCCUCCUGGAGUCUCAAAGGGAAAUGUGGGCCACAGACGACAACAAAGUUCAGGAGUUUAUGUUCAACUACCUGAAAGACCCCCUGAGAGAAGUGGAGCAGCCUUAUUUCCACCAAGACGAGUACCUGACAUACCUGUUCUCCAAAGAGAACAGCAUCUGGGAUUCCUCCCUGGACCAGGUGUGUCCUGACAAUAUGAGCAACCCCCUGUCCCACUACUGGAUCUCCUCUUCGCACAACACCUACCUGACGGGAGACCAGUUUUCCAGUGAGUCGUCCCUGGAGGCAUACGCUCGCUGUCUGAGGAUGGGCUGCCGCUGUAUUGAAUUGGACUGCUGGGAUGGGCCAGAUGGAAUGCCAGUCAUCUACCACGGACACACACUUACAACAAAAAUCAAGUUUUGCGAUGUUUUGACCACCAUCAAAGAGCAUGCCUUCGUCACAUCCGACUAUCCCAUCAUCUUGUCCAUCGAGGACCACUGUAGUAUUGUGCAGCAGAGGAAUAUGGCCACUUACUUUAAGAAGGUGUUUGGAGACAUGCUGCUGACCAAGGCAGUGGAUAUCGUGGCAGAUGGCCUGCCCUCACCCAACCAGCUAAAGAGGAAGAUCCUCAUCAAGCAUAAGAAGCUUGCAGAAGGCAGUGCCUAUGAGGAGGUGUCCACCUCCACUCCCUACUCGGAGAAUGAUAUCAGCAACUCCAUCAAAAAUGGCAUCCUGUACCUGGAAGACCCCAUUAAUCAUGAGUGGUACCCUCAUUUCUUUGUCCUGACCAGCACUAAGAUCUACUACUCGGAAGAGACCUCCAGUAACCAGGGUAACGAUGAUGAGGAGGAGCACAGAGAGGUUUCCAACGGUAUGGACCAGCAUGUGACAGAGAAAUGGUUCCACGGGAAGCUGGGCGCGGGGCGGGACGGGCGGCAGAUAGCCGAGAGGUUACUGUCUGAGUACUGCCUGGAGACCGGCGCUCCUGAUGGCUCCUUCCUGGUCCGAGAGAGCGAGACCUUUGUGGGAGACUACACACUGUCUUUCUGGCGUUCAGGGCGGGUGCAGCACUGUCGUAUCCACUCUCGUCAGGAGGCAGGCAGCCCCAAGUUCUACCUGACUGACAACCUGGUGUUCGACACGCUCUUUGCCCUGAUCAACCACUACCAGCAGGUGGCACUGCGCUGCAACGAGUUUGAGAUGAAGCUGACUGAGCCGGUGCCUCAGACCAAUGCUCACGAGAGCAAAGAAUGGUACCAUGCCAACCUCUCCAGGAGCCAAGCAGAAAACAUGCUGAUGAGGGUACCUCGUGACGGGGCUUUUCUUGUAAGGAAGAGGGCAGAACCCAACUCGUUUGCCAUUUCCUUCAGGGCCGAGGGAAAGAUAAAGCACUGCCGCGUGCAACAGGAAGGUCAGACUGUGGUGCUGGGCACCUCCGAGUUUGACAGCCUAGUAGAUCUCAUCAGCUACUAUGAGAAGCACCCUCUGUACCGCAAAAUGAAACUCCGCUAUCCCAUCAAUGAGGACACACUGGAGAAGAUAGGCACUGCUGAGCCAGACUACGGGUCACUGUACGAGGGCAGGAAUCCAGGCUUUUACGUGGAGGCCAAUCAAAUGCCAACAUUUAAGUGCACAGUGAGAGCCAUGUACGAGUAUAAAGCCCAGAGAGACGAUGAGCUUUCCUUCAUUAAGAACGCUGUUAUCUCUAAUGUGGACAAACAGGAAGGAGGAUGGUGGAAGGGUGACUGUGGAGGGAAGAAGCAGCUGUGGUUUCCUGCCAAUUACGUGGAGGAGAUAAGUCCAUCAGCGGCGGAACCUGAUAGAACUCAGGAGAUGACAGAAAACAGCCCCCUGGGAGAUCUGCUGAGAGGAAGUGUGGAUGUGUCUUCCUGUCAGAUUGUUGUGCGUCCUGAUGGGAAGGGCAGCAGGCCUCAUGUCUUCUCCCUGGUGCCGAGCACCUCCAUGCGGACAGGCCCGUUGCUGGACAUCGCUGCCAGCAGCCAAGAAGAACUCAAGGAAUGGGUGCUCAAGAUCCGCGAGGUCACCAUGACCUCAGAGGCCAAGCUAGAGGAAGGGAAGAUGAUGGAGAGGAGGAAGAAGAUUGCACUGGAACUGUCCGACCUGGUCAUCUACUGUAGGCCUGUGCCGUUUGAUGAAGACAAGAUUGGCACAGAGCGGGCCUGUUUCCGGGACAUGUCAUCCUUCCCUGAGACCAAGGCAGAGAAGUACGUCAACAAGGUCAAAGGGAAGAAGUUCCUGCAGUACAAUCGACUGCAGCUGUCCAGGAUCUACCCCAGAGGCCAGAGACUAGAUUCCUCGAACUACGACCCUCUGCCCAUGUGGCUCUGUGGGUCCCAGCUGGUCGCACUUAACUUCCAGACAGCAGACAAGCCCAUGCAGAUGAACCAGGCUCUGUUCAUGCUGAACGGAAGGAGCGGCUACGUCCUUCAGCCGCCCAUCAUGAGGGAUGACCACUUUGAUCCCUUCGACAGACUUACGCUACGAGGCCUCGAUCAAGUCACUGUAGAGAUAGAGGUUUUGGGCGCGCGGCACCUGCCCAAGCACGGACGCGGCAUAGUUUGUCCUUUGAUCGAGAUCGAGGUGUGUGGGGCAGACUACGACAGUGCCAAGCAAAAAACUGACUCUGAAGCUGAUAACGGUCUGAACCCCACGUGGCCCCGAAAGCCAUUCCAGUUCGUAGUAUGCAACUCUGCCUUUGCCUUCUUGCGCUUUGUGGUUUAUGAGAUUGACAUGUUCAAUGACCAAAACUUCCUGGCGCAGGCCACAUUCCCCAUUCACAGCAUCAAGAAAGGUUACCGGUCCGUACCUCUGAAGAACAGCUACAAUGAGGAUCUGGAGUUGGCUUCUCUGUUAGUCCACAUAGACCUCAUCCGUGGCAGGGAUGAAAACGGAGAGGUUCUGAGCCCUUUCCUUGCAGUCGGGGCCACGUCAGUGUCAACGUCUGCCCAAGCUGGGCGGGAACGUUUGGGGGAUUCCGUGUCUUCGACUUCCUCCAACAUGUCUCCUGUGGCCCAGUCGCCGGCCCAGGCCACGGCCUACAGGGGAAGAGAGGGCUCCUUUGAAUCCCGCUACCAGUCCCCUCUAGAAGACUUCAGGGUGUCCCAGGAGGCACUGUUGGACCACAUGGACCCACAGAACAGACAAACAAGGAUGUUACGGAGGACCAGAGUGGGCGGAGAGAACCGUGUUUAAGUCCAAGCCAAUCAGGACGCAUUUCUGUUGCAUCCCCAACCGCCACCCACCCCUUCCGUACCCAGUCACCUCUCCCCGUACUGAUGUCACUGACUGCUGUGAACACUGUUUCCAUGGAAACGCCCACCACCGCUUUGGCCUACAUUUCAGGCAGCUCUCCCUCCCUCCAUUCUCCAAAAAAAAAAAAACUCUCUUUCUCUCUCUCCUUCUCCCUGCUGCCCAGUCUCUCACCACUCGCCUGAUGAGAAGGAGGGACUCGGACACAAGAGAAGAGGGAGGGCCGCUGAGAGGAAGCUGACCGCUGCGGACAGGAAGGAGAAACGGACAUUCACAGGAGAACAAAAACAAGGCUGAAAAAGUUCCCGCUCUGGACUGGUUGUUUGCGGGGCGGGUUGUCCUCCCUUGUGUUUUUAGGUGUGCACAACAUCUGCUUAGUUUGGCGGCUAAGAGAAGGGAAAGCGAGAGUUGUAAAAGGUAUCAGUUUGAAACUGUUUCCCGGUUAAGUUUCUUUGCUUUUCUCUAUUAGGCGUAUAUGAAUAUAUGUAUUUAUUCCUGCUGUGCUGUUGGCCGGAGAACAGCAGCAGCUGACCUGCUCUCAAAGAGCUCCCGUCUCCAUGUUUUUAAUUAUUGUAAUUAUUUAAACCUUUAAACAUUCAUGAUGUGAUUUUUUUUUUUUUUUUUUUUUUUUUUUUUUUUUUUUUUAAAUGUAUAUGUGUUAAACAUGAGGGCUCUCUACGGCUAUUUUAAUGUAUCUCUCUUCUCUGCUUUGUGGAGGAAAUUAUGUGCAUUCAAGUCAAACUCAAACCCUAACUUUUUUUUUUUUUUUUUUUUUUUUUUUUUUUUUUUUUUUUUUUUUUUUGAAGGCAUCAGGAAGAAGUCAUAGCUUGUUUGUGUUGGAAACAGUGAGAGAACAGCAUGUCUGCAUACACAAACGCACACAAGCUUUUUAUUUAUUUCUAACAUACAUUCCAAAUAACUGCACAUCAUUCCAUUUUCCUGCGUUGCAGGUGCCUUUACAAGCCAGUCUGACACAUUCAAACUUCUGUCUCCCUUGACAGUCUUACUUCACAUUGAUUAUGUCUGUAGGGUCUCUAACUGUGAUAAAGCAGGACCAGGGAUACAUGUUGACCCAGAAGAGGUUGUAGUCUUGAGUGUGAAUGACAAUUCUGUUCAUAAUUUUGUUCUCCUUCUGAUUUUUGCCUGUUAGUGGGCCAUUUGAAUGGCAGCACAGUUAUCUUGUCAAUCAAGGGAGAGUUCAUAGAGCUGCAAGGUUACGGCUCAAAUGACAAUAUUGAUAACUGCUGGAUAAUUUAAUCAAUUUUCAGAAUAACAGUGGUUUGAGGAACAUAAUUAUGUACUUGCAUAUGAAAACCUUUUCAUUUACAGGGAACAUUCAAAAUGUUUCACAUUUGUCAACGUACCAAAUUGUAAUUGUGGAAAUUAAGAUUGUAAUACAAUUACGCGAUAACUUUGCAGCCUUGUGUUUUUGUGAUUUAUGAUGUGAUAUUUUGAAAAUGUCGUUAAUUUUACUGACAUUUCAUGUCUUAAUAGAAAAUAAGGCCCUUUUGUUCUGUGUUUUUAAUUAGUUGAGCAUAACUUUUCCAACAACUGACAGCCCUAUGACUACAGUGAAUAUAAAAACGGUCACUGGUUUAUGUGAGCAAGUUUAAGUUCUAACAGAUGUGUCUUAGAAGUGGUUUUGAUGUCCGAAGCAAAGGUGAUUUACUGCAACAAGCUGUUUUUGAUUUUAUUUGUUGGCAUUUGUACAACAGGAGUUCCCCGUGUUUUCAAAGGGAAUUGAGUAUUGUUGCCAAGUGAGAAGGUUUGCAUUGCCGGUGUAAGGCAUCAAGAAAACAUGCCGUAUACUACUUGCUGGUACAUUUUGCUGCAGCACAAUGACAUAAGGGAUCUUUGUUUUUGUGCUGCCGUGGUGUUCUGGGCGAGUGUUGUCACAGCACCAAGCUGCUUCCCAGAAAUGUGUGAAGAUUUUAAGUUACACUGCCAUGAUAAACAGUUAAAUUGCCACUGCCCGUGAAUGUAUUUGUGAUGAAAUGUGCAAAAUUGCAGAAUUGGCGUAAACAACUGGGUCAAGGUGAAUGUCAAAUGCUACACAGUUCAUCAUUCCCAAUUUUAGAUUCUUAUUCUGGCUUCUAUUCAUAAGUGUUUGUCUAACUUGGUAGUUAAGAGUCCUCUUGAGUUAAAUGUUGGUGCGCUUAAAAGUGCAGGGGCUUCUCAUUUCCUGCGUUUGUGGUAUGAGCGUGUUAGGCAGGCCGAGUCUAAGUUUCAGACUUAGUUGUUGCUGUGGUUCUGAGGCUGGUGGAUGACAAAGUUGCCUGGGGGGGGGGGUGGGGGUCGAGGUAGAGGCCUGUGUUCUGGUCCUUCAGUGAGCCCAGACGGAGCUCGUAUCUAACCGAUGCUGUUAAUCUUUCCAGGAUCAUAUCAGAAACGGUGUUUUCUCCGCUUGUAUGUGAAGACUAUAUGAUGUAAACUCAGUAUUCUCACUCAGUGUUUGACCACUGAGACACACCUAAGCCAUAUGGUAUAUUUUAAGUUAAGGUAAAAGCAGGGACAGGAGUUAAUACUUGAGGUCUCAACGAAAGUUUUUUUAGCAUCUUGGACCACAAUAUUAAUGCCGAAGCUCCCCCAUAUUACACUUUUAGUUUUUCCUCCCAUGGUCGAUAAAUGGUCUUUGUGGAGAGCUCUCCCUCCAAUGCUGCAUUGCUCUUAUUGCUGACCUGUCUGCUAAUGUCUGUGUGCCUCUGUCUGUGUACACAUCAAAUUAAAGCCACAUCAUUCACCUCCUCUGCUGGGCUUUAAACGCCUGCACAGCCACAGUACACCCACACAGGUGCUGUCACUGAUUUUGACUGAUCGGAACUCCGCAGCACUUUGUGAGCAUGUAUAGACCUCUACUGUUCAGUUUGUUGUACCGGUUAUGGCAGGACAACGUAAACUCCCACCAACCUGUAAAGAGGUCUAACCAGAAUAAUUAAGAGUGUCUAUGUGGAUGUGCAGGGCCCAUUAGUUUCUUUUGCUUUGUUUUUUUUCUCCAAUCUUGUCUGUUUUGUUACCGACAGUCUCAUUUAUAACGCCUUUCUGUAAUGUGCCUAAACUAUGGAGAGGAAAAGUAUUCAUUUUAAUUUUGCCUUUCAUAUGAAACCUAUUCAAGCCUGAAAAGUAAAUAAAAUACUUACUACUUUG